CGACGGUCAGGUGAGCCCACGUGACCCAAAAAAAGAACCAGUGGUGGGGGGACGCGCGUACGUGCGCGCGAACGUUCUGCGUAAGGAGGAGGGCUUUUCCACGGGAGCGCGCGCAGUCGAAGCCAUGGCGACAGCUUCUCCUAGCGGAAUAUUUAUUAUUUUCUCCACGGACGGUUUGAUUCGAGGUUAAUUGACGUGUUAUUUUUCACCAGUGACGUCAUGUUGCCCUCCAGAGAAGCCCGUUCCUGAGUUAACUGGCUAACCUCUGUCAGCUGUACAGCCGUUGGUGUGUCGGCUAGCUGUUCUUAAGGUCCACAGAGCAGCGAUGCUACGUGUCGUCACCUAACGCUAGCUAAUAAGCAGCUAACGACGAGCUAGUUAACUACCCUCGUUACAGAGUGGAGGUAACUCUAACAUCCAGGACAGGAGGAUUUAUUCAAGUACCUGUAACUUUUACUUGGAUAUGUUGUACCAGAUGGAGUGGAAUUCAUCCAACGGCGGUCCGGAGGCCUCGACGGACGACCCCCCUCUCCUCUCUGACUCGCCUCCGCCUCCGCCCUCCACCGCCGACAUCUCAGAACACGAGUUCACGUGCCACUGCUGCUACGACAUCCUGGUGAACCCCACCACCUUGACCUGCGGCCAUAACUUCUGCCGCCACUGUCUGGCUCUGUGGUGGGAGUCCUCUCGCAAGAACGAGUGCCCAGAGUGCCGCGAGAAGUGGGAAGGCUUUCCUAAAAUCAACAUAUUGCUGAGGGAUGCAACCGACAAGUUGUUCAGUGAGGUGGUCCAGCGGAGGAGAGCCGAGAUCCAGGCCAACCCCAACAUCUCCCGCAGCUUGCUGGCCUUCCAGAGGUACGGGGACAACUUGGGCCGGUCCAGGACGAACCAGCACAAAGGAGCCGGCUUCUUCUUCUCUGGAGUCCUGACGGCGCUCUCGUGCGUGGCUGUGCUGGUGCUGGUGUUCUACUGGAGCAGCGGCGCGGUGGAGCCCCACGACCUGCUGAUCAGCAAGCCGGUGUCUCACUGGGAGCCGGAGGAAGUCGUGUCCUGGCUGGAGCACCUGGGGCCCUGGGCCCAGCUUUACAGGGGGCCCUUCCAGCAGGAGAACGUCAACGGCAGGCUGCUGUUGAUGCUGGGGGACGAGGAGCUGUUGAAUCCUCCCUACAACAUCGAGAAUCCGGCUCACCGGCGGGCCGUUCUGGCAGAACUGGACCGAGUUAAAAUCCUCGGGGUCAAACCUCCGCAGAACCUCUGGGAAUACAAGGUCACCAACGCCGGGAAGGCCCUGUUCCUGCUGUACGCCCUGAAGCGCACGCCUCGCCUCACGCUCUUCUACUUGUAUCUGUUCGACUACUCGGAAACCUUCCUGCCCUUCCUGCACACCAGCUGCCCGGCCAUCGCGCACAUCGGCCAGUCCAUGGAGAGCGGCUGCCUCAGCGCACAGCUGGAGCCCAGUUGGCGCCAGUGGGCGGAGUUUCUGGUGAAGUACCUGCUGCUUCCCUACCAGCUGAUAGCGGAGUUCGCGUGGGACUGGCUGGCCGUUCACUACUGGACGUCCCGCUUCAUCAUCGUCAACGCCAUGCUGCUGUCGGUGCUGGAGGGCUGCGCCCUGUGGAGCCUCUGGACCAGAGCCACCAUCAGGUCUCUGCCGCGCCAGAUGUGGAACCACCUGUGGAACCACCUGUGGAAGAUGCUGUCUCAGGGCUUCGCCUUCGCCCUGCUGUGGCCUUUCGUGCCCCAGUUCGUGUGCAACUGCCUCUUCUACUGGGCGCUGUACUUCAGCCCCAUCAUCAACAUAGACCUGGUGGUGCAGCAGCUCAUGCACCCGGAGACGCAGGCGCGCUAAAAUAAAAAGAGAAACCGCACGCAGCCGGAGCCCCAAAAUCAUGAAAACGCCAGGAAUCCGGUCGCUGUCGAAGAGAAGUGUUUUUUGUUGUUGUUUUUUUAAAAGCAGUACGCUCGCGUGACACGAGUUUGGCUCAUUUACUGCUGGGUGAGAAAAGAAGAAAAAAAAUGUCCUCACUUCCGAGUCUUUGUCUCUCUCCCUGGACGGUUGCCAGGCGGAAAACGAGGCGGUCGCCGAGCGAGCGAAGGAGAAACCGAAAAAGCGCUGCGGUGCAUUCAGGAGCCACGUUGCGGAAAAGGUCGAAAAGGGCAGUUACGCAAAUGAAGAGCGAUGUUCAAACACGGGGUGGUGCCGGAGACUUUACUGAAAGCUUCGUAGCUUCGAGAUUUUUUAUUUUAAUUAAAUUUUGUAUGCACACAAAACAAAGUGUUGAAUGAUUUAUUUGUAUCACGGCAUGUGAUCCACGAGCGAUUAAAUGAAAGCAUCCGUUUGGAAUCCAGCAGCAUCUCAUUUUUGAAAAUGAUUUUUAAGUGGAAACGGCUUAUUUUAUUCGCCGCUACUGCCGACAAACAUUUUGUUGCACUUUUGUUGUUGUGUUUUUAUUCUUUUUGUUCGCAGUAUCCGUUUUCAUUUGAUGGGUAGGAAGAGCUGAUGAGGUUUUUUUAUUUUUGUUUUUUACGUUCAUUUGCACUUAAAAGUUCUACACUGUGAUUUGGUUUGUUGAUGUUCUAUAAUGAGUAAGGGGGGGAAAUAAAGAUUUUAAAAUAAUGUUA